AUGAAGGAUUCAACAACGGCGAUGUCAGAUCUUCCACGAGACUUGGUAGAGGAAGUGCUCUCUAGGGUUCCGUUAACAUCUCUUAGACCAGCGAAAGCUACUUGCAAAAGAUGGAACAAGUUAUUCAAACAUCGGAGAUUUACAAAGAAGCACAUCCUUAAUUCAAGAACAGCAGAGAAUAAGAAGAGAGAGUUUAUGGCAAUCAUGAUUAUUGAUUCUAGUGUUUAUCUAAUGAGUGUUGGACUUCACUACAAGGACGACAUAAACAUGGAAUCAUCUAUAGAGCGGAAAGGUAAAUUGAGUAGCGUAAACGAUUCAAAUAGAGUCGAUAUAAUAAGUGUGUUCCACUGUAAUGGUUUGUUAUUAUGUCACACUAAAGAAGAAACACCAAGGCUUGUGGUUUGGAACCCUUACCGUGGGGAAACACGGUGGAUCGAAACUUCUGAUCGUCAUCAUUACAAUAGUGGGAUCAAGUACCGAACCAUGUUCGCUCUGGGAUACAAGAACUCACAUCGUCGUAGUCACAAAAUCUUGAGAUAUUCAGAAAUAAACUUGAAAUAUAUAAAAUAUCGAAACACGGGGGAAUCAAAAAGUGUUGAAAUCUACAAUUUUAACUCUGAUUCAUGGAAGGAUAUUACCCGCACUGCCAAUAGUAGCCCUGGGAAUAAGAGAUUUGGACCGCAACUAAGUCUACCUUUUCGAUCUUCUAGUAUAGAUAACGUCUCUCUCUCUAGUGUUAGAGAAGAUCAAAUUGCUGUGUUGUUUCAGCGCAAGGAUACAUUGCGGAUAGAGUUAUGGAUAACGAGUAAGAUUGAGCCCGAAGCAGUGUCCUGGAGCAAUUUGUUCUUAGCGGUGGAUGUGGAAAAAACACUUCUUACUUAUGAUCGAUUCUUUGUUGACGAGGAGAAGAAAGUCUUUAUGGUUUUUGCUGAAGACAAAGAGACGCAAACGAACAAGGUAGUAGCUUACAUCAUUGGAGAGGUGAAUACACUGACAAAAGAAGUUGUCCAUUUAUGA